AAAUCGCAACAUUCCGUGGCAAAUCGGGCAAAUCAUAUACGAAUCACUGUUCAUGUUUAUGUUCGUUUUUAAAGUGUGAUGUUUAAAGCAAAUUUUAACAUUAUUAAACUUGUAUAGUAUGUUGUGUAGUGUGUGGUGUUAAAUAUCGCGUACUUUAGAAUUAGUGUUCGACGUGUUUGUGGUAAAGAAUAGAAAAUAAAAGUGUUUCAUAAAAUCACUGCAGUUGCUUUAUUUUCCGGUAGAUAACGAUGUGGAAGUCAACGGCAGGUCGCGAUAUCGACGUCAACAGUCUGGCCCCGGCCGAAGACGAUGAUUGGGAGACAGAUCCUGAUUUUGUGAACGAUGUAAAUGAACAGGAACAGCGAUGGGGAUCGAAGACGGUAGAAGGAUCUGGUCGCAGUGCCGGAGCUAUCGAUAUGCAACAGUUACGAGAGGAAACAGAAAGAGCGGACGCGGAUAAGAAGCAAAAGGAAGGCCCGAAGUCUUCGCACGGUUAUGGGGGUAAGUUUGGAGUUGAGAAGGACCGCAUGGACAAGUCAGCGGUCGGUCACGAUCAUAUCGAAAAGGUGGAAAAGCAUGCUUCCCAAAAGGAUUACUCAACCGGCUUCGGCGGUAAAUUUGGUGUACAGAAAGAUCGUGUGGAUAAAUGUGCUGCCAGCUGGGAGCACAAAGAAAAGGUAGAGAAACAUGCCUCACAGAAAGAUUAUUCAACUGGAUUCGGAGGAAAGUUUGGAGUGCAGAAAGAUCGCGUGGAUAAAUCGGCAGUGGGGUGGGAUCACGUGGAAAAGGUCGAUAAGCAUGAGUCACAAAAAGACUACAGCAAGGGCUUUGGAGGGAAGUUUGGUGUUGAAGCAGAUCGUCAGGACAAAUCUGCCGUCGGUUGGGAUCAUGUCGAAGCACCUCAAAAGCAUGAGAGCCAACUGGAUCACAAAGUGGGUUUCGGAGGUAAAUUCGGUGUGCAAACCGAUCGUAAAGAUAAGUCCGCCCUCGGCUGGGAUCAUAUUGAGAAGACGACAAUGCACGAGAGUCAAGUCGAUCACAAGAUUGGUUUCGGCGGUAAGUUUGGAGUGCAGAGCGACCGAAUGGACAAGUCAGCGCUUGGUUUUCAACAGCAGGAUAAAAUUGGCACAAACUACACGAAGGUCAAACCAGACAUCGGAUCAGCAAAGCCGUCCAAUAUUCGGGCUCGAUUUGAAAAUUUUGCUGCGGCAGCUGAGGAAGAAACCCGCAAAAAAGCAGAAGAGCAAAAACGGUUGCGAGAAGAGAAAGAUCGAAAGGACAAGGAGGAAGCCACCAAACGAUUGAAUAACGUUGCUGAGCCUACCAGCGAACCUAAAAAACCGGAAAGGAAGGGACCUAUUAAUACUGGCCGUGAACAAGGCGUUGGAAGCACUAUUAGCAAUUUCAAUAGACAACCAGAAGUAGUUCCAGAAACAAACAGAAAGGAGCAAAUUGUACUGCCAAAGGACAACACAAAGAGUGCCGUCGUACAACCGGAUGUAAUACCGACAAAAGUAGCACAAGAUUUUUCGACUCAACCAGAACCAGAAGUACCGGUUCAAACAUUUACGCCUAAAGUCCAGGUUCCAUCACUGGAACUAGAACCGGAAUUAUUGCCAGAGAAGGAACCAGAGAAACCGACCUAUGCCGCUGUCGAUACUAUUGCCGAACAAUCUGUAACAUUGCCGCAGCAGGAACUCGCUCCGGAACAGGAGGAACCAGAAGAAUUCAUACUCAGCGCUGAUAAUCCAGGUGUGCAAGCGAUUGCCCUUUAUGACUACCAGGCAGCGGCUGACGAUGAAAUAUCCUUUGAUCCGGAUGAUCGAAUCACGCAUAUUGAAAUGAUCGACGAGGGAUGGUGGAGAGGACUGUGCAACAACCAUUAUGGACUGUUCCCUGCCAACUACGUGCAACUGAUUCAAUGAAUAGAUUAGUCAUGAAACGCUCAACAUUUUGGGGAAGUAUUUUUUUAGAUUGUUAAAUGUUACAUUAACGAAACUACUAUUCCAACAAUCAUUCAAUCUGACGAAAAAGCAACAAACUGUUAUCGGAAUGUACGAUGUACUUUAUGUACAUAGGAAUUAACAAUUAUCAUCCUUGGGUCAGUUAUAUUUCGAGAAGAUAUUUUGAGUUCUAGUUCAUAGCUAUGUACUGGUAUUAUUUAAGAGGCUUUUAUUUUUGACCAUUUUUUCGAAUUUAUUUUGUCCCUCUUAAAAUCACAUUUGUUUUUAUUCCAUAAAGAACUUUAACUGGCACUAACUAAAUAAUUAUCGGA